GCGGCUGCGCGGCGCAGAACCUUAUAGGAGUUGUAGUUCUCCAUGCACCCGGGGCUUGCUGCUAGACACGGGAGCGAACUACAUGUUCCAGAAUGCCGCACCGUCGAUCUUAAGGAGCCAAUGGGCGGCUUCCCCCCUCCUACCUCCCACCCUGGACAUAAGGAUGAUGUCAUUGCAAAACAAGCAAGGGAGGUCUCUGCCCUGCAAUUCAUUGUGCUACGCUAUAGCCUCCUCCCCCUGCUGCUGAAGCGCUAGGGCAGUGACUAAAUCCCAAGCAAAGGGGAGGGGGGACCAUAUAGACAUCCCAAGGGAGCUGCAAGCCCUACCCCAUGUCUAGGUGAUUGAAUCCCACGUUGUGUCUUGUUUUAUGGUCUCGCAGGGGAAGGGGAAAAAUCCCAAAUCCAGCUGUGUAAAUGAGUAUGGAAGAUUAUGAUUUUCUGUUCAAAAUUGUUUUAAUUGGCAACGCUGGCGUGGGGAAAACCUGCUUAGUCCGACGCUUCACUCAGGGGCUUUUCCCACCAGGUCAAGGAGCCACUAUCGGAGUUGACUUUAUGAUUAAGACUGUGGAGAUAAAAGGUGAAAAAGUGAAGCUGCAGAUCUGGGACACGGCAGGGCAGGAGAGAUUCCGGUCCAUUACGCAGAGUUAUUAUCGCAGCGCUAAUGCAUUAAUAUUGACCUAUGACAUAACCUGUGAAGAAUCCUUCCGAUGCCUUCCCGAAUGGCUGAGAGAAAUUGAACAGUACGCCAGCAAUAAGGUCAUAACUGUGCUAGUGGGUAAUAAGAUUGAUUUAGCCGAGAAAAGAGAAGUCUCCAAACAAAGAGCUGAAGAAUUUUCAGAGGCCCAAAACAUGUACUAUCUGGAAACUUCUGCUAAAGAAUCCGAUAACGUGGAAAAACUCUUUCUGGACUUAGCUUGCCGGCUGAUCAGUGAGGCAAGACAGAAUACGCUUGUGAACAAUGUGGCUUCCCCGUUACCAGGAGAGGGGAAAAGUAUCAGCUAUUUGACUUGCUGCAAUUUCAAUUAAGGGCUGGCCCAAGAUCCACCCCAAAUGGGCCAAGAGGUUUUUUGCUGAGAUUUAUCUCAGUGAAGGCAAUUCCUGCCACUUUGACCCAUCUGACUCACACCUAAGUCAGGUUCCGAUCUUAAAGCAUGGCAGGCUGGCCGCUCCACCUGCAGGUCAACAUAGCAGAAUAUAAUAUGGUUUAAUCUUUUUUGCAGUCUCUGGAGUUGGUUAGGAAAAAUAGUUUGCACAAGGCGCUCAUUCAAAUCCAGAGCAUGGGCUGCUACAUCACUUUCUGUUGGAGAUCAGAACAGCCUCCCUGGAUGAUACGGAAGAAUGCAGGAUCUCUUUUGCAGCACGCGUUUGGUCUUUUUAAAGAAAGAUGAACUCAAAGCCUUGGACUAUACAGUACUGGCAUUCUUCCAGGCUGCCAGCCAAAUGAAUGCUUAGGAUGUGUAUAUGCCCACAGCAUCCUGAUGCAGGACUCAAUUGUAUGUUUUGAAUUAGUGUUAUAUCUCUCAUCCGCAGGCACUUUCAUGAACUUGGAAUUAAAAACAUAUAUAUCAACAUUUCCAAACAAACAACAGUUUGGAAAAAGAUAUGGAUACCGGCUUAGUCACUCCGUUUGGUGCUAGUACUUCGGCUGAAUAUUUCAUAGACCAAACCUAGUUUUCUUACAUUACUGUCCUCUGAAUGUGUAACUUAGAGUAAGUAGUGAAAGUAUGCUAAUAAGCACUGUCCAUAAAAUAUCUUUACCUCUUUUUCUCAGCCUGAACAUAGCGGAUAAGAACUGUGCUUCCUUGAUGUCAAUUGUGGGGGUGAAAAGACUUUUUUUCUUGAGUCAAAAAAGCUCUGUAAACAGUAAUUUCCUAAUGUAAUGAACUAGUUUUGAGAAUACUGACUGAUGGAGUUCUAAACAGAUCAGAUCUGACCAAAAUAUUGUGCUUGCACUGAUCAUGUAUAAGGGUUCAAAGGCAGAGCACAGUUUAGAUGGCAGCCCAGUGUGUUUGAGUAAUGAAAGCUUGUAGUUACAGGUCUUGCUUGAGAAGCAAGCAUACAAUUUUGUAUGUUUUUUUUAAGCUUAAGUGAAAAUGGCAGCAAGUGGUGGUGUUAAUCAUUUUGUGUCUUACUCAUCCAGUGAUCAUCUUAUGAAACUGUACCUUGGAGAAGCAAUUCAAGGUACCAGUUUGGCAUCGACUCUGUAUUAUAGUAGCUUUUGGAUCCAUGACCAUAGAUUCAUUUAAUUUUCUUGUUACUUUGUACUCUAAGUCUCCGACUCCAAUGUAUGUAUAAUUAUUUGCCUCAGCAAGUUCUUUAUAUAAAACCUCUAAUGUGGAAGCACUAUGGUAUUUGUUAUAUUACACCUCUAGUGCCAUGUUCUAAUAAUACAUUGGACUUUACACAUUGAUGUUAAAGCAAAAUUGGAAAAGAGGUUGGACGCAUACAUAGCAAAUAAUUCUUAAAUGUUUGGUAUCAGUUUUAUUGACCUGAAUGAGGCUAAAACUCUCGGUAACUUUGUGGCUGUGAUACAUUGUAACUUAGCAUUAAUCAGCUCGAUAUCAUGUAUUAUUUGCUGAAGAUGUUGACUGGCCUUUUGUAUUAACAUGAAAAAGCUGCCAAUAAGUAAAUCUUAAAAAUAAAAAUGGCCUUUUAAAAUGC